UGUAUAGAGAGGUUGAAAAGUGGUUUUCGUACGGACGCGGGACACGCGGUGGAGGGAGCGGCCAAUUCUGACCAGGUAGGCUUGGCGGCGACGAUGAAGUCCACCGUGCGGCGAUCGAGUGAUGAUUCCUCGCAAUUAUUGGAUGGAAUUGCCAAGUCUAUGCUGAUCGGAAUAAAAUAUUGGAGCCUUUGCUUACAAUUUUGAUGAAAUGGCGUUUGCGCGGGUCGUUUUCGUGUUGAUGGCAAAGCCUGCUUCAGUUUUCUCCGCAGAGUCAAUUCAACGGCAGAUUGUCUCCCCGAGACGUGUUUGAAUCGCGUUUGAUGAUUAGCUCGAUUGUCUUCCCCAGGAAAUUCCUCGAAUUUCUCGCGAAUUCGCAUCAGGAAUUCGAAGUCGUCGUUGAUUAUCUAGGGUUUUAAUUGCGUUCAUUCCUAGGGAUUUGAUGUUGAGAACAAUAGUCGCGACAUUCCAGACGGUGAUGGGAUCGUCGUUGUCGCAGCAAUCGGCGGUCGACACUGUCUCCCAGUGGCGGUCGCGGCCGCCGCGGGAUUUGAUCUUCUACGCCGGCCGGAUUGAGAUAAGCCGGUACUUUCAAGCCGUCGACAUCCUCCAGCAAUCGCCUAGUUCCAGAGCAACCGACGAGCUGUUAGCCACGGCCAUGUCUCGGCUGAAAGGCGAGUUCGACACAGUUCUGAGGCGACACACCGAUUACCACGCCGGACAGGCUUCCACCACGGAAUGGAGCUCCGUCGCCGACAGCACAGCCAACGUAUUCCGGUACGAAGACUACACGCUUCCUGAGGCACCGACGGAUUACGAGAUCGCAUAUCUGAGAAACAUAGCUGCGAGAAUGAGUUCCAGUGGUCGAAUUGGGGAAUGCGUUAGGGUUUACAUGAGUGCUCGAGGAUCCUAUCUCGAAGCUCAGCUGAAGAAGCUCAAAUUCAAGGAGCUAACCACAGCUGCCAAUCGAAACAGAUACGAGUGGGACGAGCUGAAGGUGAAGAUGGAGCUAUGGAUUCAGCUUUCGAAGAUUUGCAUCAAGAAAUUGUUCCACAGGGAGAAGCAUAUUUGCGACCAAAUCUUCGAUGGCAUUGGGGAAGACAACUCUGCAAAAGACGAUUGCUUUGUAGGAACUGUCAACGAAUUUGCUCGAGACCUCUUCGGAUUUGUCGAAACCAUGAGUAUGAGCAAGCAUAGCUACGACAAAAUGGAGACCAUCCUCACGUUAUACAGCACAUUCUUGUCCAUAUUUCCGGACACCAAUGCCCUUUUCCAUUCGACGCCGGGGAAUGGGAUUAGAGUUUCAUGUGCAGAGACAUUGUCGAGGAUUAAAUCCGAGGUUGUGGGAAUGCUGUAUGAGUUUGAAUACGAGGUGCUUCAUGAGAAAUCCGAUGUCCGGGGUGAAGGAGGAGGCGUCGAUCGGCUGACAGAGUAUGCCGUGGAGCAGAUGAACUUUGUUGUCCGAAACAGGACACUGCUGACAGCAUUGUUCAAUGCUGCGCCGUCUUUGGAUUUUGGCGACACGAUCAUUCCUCAAGGGAGUUUAGGGGAUGUAAGCAAUCUCACGUUUAUCCAGCAGCAUUUGAUACUGAUCCUCGUCGUUUUACAGAGGAAUCUCAAGGCCAAGUCGGAGACAUUCAAGGAUCCAUUGUCGGGGCCUCUGUUUUUAAUGAACAAUGUUCAUUACAUUGUCCGGAGGAUCGAGGCAUCCCAAGAGCUGCAAGAAAUGGUCGGCGCUGCGUACAUGAAUAAGCUUCGGGGGAACCUGAAAUCCGCAACGGAUACUUACCAGCAAAUGAUAAGCAGCAAUUUCUUGAAAUGUUUCGAGGAGGAUGAGCUCUAUACCAGCCGGUGCUGUUUCAGGCCGCUGCUGUCGAAAACAGUUUUCAGAAAGAAGCUGAUGGCGUUCAACAGCGCAUACGAGAAGCCGGAGUCACUGGGGACGAUACCCGAUCCGCAGCUGAGGGAGAGCAUCUGCAAGUCGAUGUGCUCGGAGUUGGUCCCGGAGUACAAGAAGUUCGUCGGGAGGUUUUCGAGUGAUCCGGAAAUGGCUCUCAUUCUGAAAGAGGAAGUUAGAUACUCUGCUGAGGAUUUUACAACUUUGAUCUUGAGGAAGAUGUUUGCAGAUGCAGAAGCUGAAGCUGUUGAAUGAAUUCGAAUUCGAUCAAAGAUCACACAAAGGUAUAGAGAGAUCACAGGUAUUGUUGAAUUUGUUUUGUACGUACAGUAAAAAAUUUAAAUUUAAUUUGCAAAAAUUUACCACGAACUCGACAAUUUUCGGGACAAUAUAUGUAUGUAUAUAUAUAUAUAUAUAUGUGUGUGUGUGUCUAGUUUUUCUCUAGGGAUAAUAAACCACAACACCAAAGUUAAAUAUGUUCAUGAAUAUAAUUAAUUAUAUUACACGAAAUGGGAAAUGACAAGAGGGAUUUUUUUUU